CGGGGCCCCCCUCGCCUUCCCGCCCGCCCCUAUUGUUCCGCCCCCGGCCUCCCGCCCUUCCCCUUCCCGCCCGCUCCCCUUUUCCCCUCAGUCGCCUCGCGCCUGCAGUUUUUGGCUUCACCCCCACCAGUGACCAAAGACUUGACCACUCAAAGUCCAGCUCCCCAGAACACUGCUCGACAUGGACACCGGUGUGAUUGAAGGUGGAUUAAAUGUCACUCUCACCAUCCGGCUACUUAUGCAUGGAAAGGAAGUUGGCAGUAUCAUCGGAAAGAAAGGAGAAUCAGUUAAGAAGAUGCGUGAGGAGAGUGGUGCACGUAUCAACAUCUCAGAAGGGAAUUGUCCUGAGAGAAUUAUCACUUUGGCUGGACCCACUAAUGCCAUCUUCAAAGCCUUUGCUAUGAUCAUUGACAAACUGGAAGAGGACAUCAGCAGCUCUAUGACCAAUAGCACAGCUGCCAGUAGACCCCCAGUAACCCUGAGGCUGGUGGUCCCUGCUAGUCAGUGUGGCUCUCUCAUUGGGAAAGGUGGUUGCAAGAUCAAGGAAAUACGAGAGAGUACAGGGGCUCAGGUCCAGGUGGCAGGGGAUAUGCUCCCCAACUCAACUGAGCGGGCCAUCACUAUUGCUGGCAUUCCGCAAUCCAUCAUUGAGUGUGUGAAACAGAUCUGCGUGGUCAUGUUGGAGACUCUCUCCCAGUCCCCCCCGAAGGGCGUGACCAUCCCGUACCGGCCCAAGCCGUCCAGUUCUCCAGUCAUCUUUGCAGGUGGUCAGGACAGGUACAGCACAGGCAGCGACAGUGCGAGCUUUCCCCACACCACCCCGUCCAUGUGCCUCAACCCUGACCUGGAGGGACCACCUCUAGAGGCCUAUACCAUUCAAGGACAGUAUGCCAUUCCACAGCCAGAUUUGACCAAGCUGCACCAGUUGGCAAUGCAACAGUCUCAUUUUCCCAUGACGCAUGGCAACACCGGAUUCAGUGGCAUUGAAUCCAGCUCUCCAGAGGUGAAAGGCUAUUGGGCAGGUUUGGAUGCAUCUGCUCAGACUACUUCUCAUGAACUCACCAUUCCAAACGAUUUGAUUGGCUGCAUAAUCGGGCGCCAAGGCGCCAAAAUCAAUGAGAUCCGUCAGAUGUCUGGGGCGCAGAUCAAAAUUGCGAACCCAGUGGAAGGAUCUACUGAUAGGCAGGUUACCAUCACUGGAUCUGCUGCCAGCAUUAGCCUGGCUCAAUAUCUAAUCAAUGUCAGUUUAGAAAACGCUAAACCCUCCUCCCAGGCAGCCUCCGUCACGAUCCCUGAUCACCUCAGCAUCAACCUCUCUCAACCCUCCACCCCUUCUUCUUCUUCUUCCUCCUCCACCACCACCCCCUCGCUCGCCACAGCGGGGACCUCCGACGCACCCUCCAGCCUCCCCAACCCUCUUCCGACCGCCCCUUGUGUCUCCAGUCUGCUUGGCAUGAAACCCAUCCCUCUCCUGGCUCUAAAUGUUGUGUCUGCUGCUAAGGGUACCGGGGCUUCAGCUACCACCACCACCACCUCUGCCGUGCCAUGUGUAACUAACAAACUGAAAGGCGAGAAACAGAGAUUCUCCCCCUACUGAUUGAAUAUCUUGAGGCACCCCCUCAAGUAUUCCUUGGUUUAUUUUGUUUUUCUUUGUUAACAUUGGUGAGAACCAAACAAUUGUGAGCUUGUGACCGUUUCCUUUUUACUAUUUUGGGAAUAACAGGGUGGGGGUGGGGGCAAUGGUAACCUGGGGUUAGGUUUAGGCCAUUUCAUCGGAGUGCCUGUUUCAGAGUCUGACUUGUUGAAUUCUUUAUCUAGAGCCACAGUUCUUGCUCUUCUUUUUCAUUCUGUUACUUUUUUGUAGCUUUAUUCUGCAUUGCAAUAUAACAAUGUGUUAGGCUCUGUGUUAAUGAAUAAAAGCUUCUCCGUUAACUUUUUUUUUUUUUAAUUAUUUAAUGGUUAUCAGCAGGCCUUCUUGGCCAGAUUUGUGUUUCUAGCUGUAAUAAAGUUGCCACAGUAAGAACUUUAGUUGAUUGUGUGCUGUGAAGGGUAAAGGGGUGGGGAGCUUGUGACCUGUGGCUACUCAAUUUAGGGAUUGUAUAAAACUGACUCGGGCUUGUUUGUAUCCCUGGUUAAUUUAGUUGUCGUCCUUUGUCAUUCCCCCCAAAAGGAGAUGGGCCUGCAGCAGAUUAAAUCCUGAAGGUCUUCCAUAAUUGCCAUUAAGAUUCUUUAGUGAGAACAGUUUCUCUGACUUCUAAAAUCCCUUACCUUGCCAAUAGCAGGUAACAAGGGUGUCCAUCCCAGGCUUGUUUCCUCUGGUUAGUGGUUACUUUGAGGAUCUUUUACAGAACAUACAUAUAAAGAAGUUACUUCUUUACCUAGAAUGAGGAGGCAAGUUGGGAAAAGUCCAAUAAAGUUUGCUGGCUUUUGUCUGCGGUCCUCUGAAUGAGAAUUAACCCCUCUUCCUCUGACACUGGGUAGAUCUUGAACAAGCAACUGUAACAUCACCCAGAAUUUGACAGGAUUCUCCAGUCCUCCUAAACCAACCCUGAUUAAGUCCCUUUACACUUCCUUCUAUUCCCUGCCCAUCCUUCUGUUUCCCACCAGCCCUGUCAUGAAUUGAGAAUUCUAAACUUGGAACCUUUAAGGUCAGCUAUAACUCACCAAUCCACUCCCUUAUCAGAUUAAAAAAAAAAAAAAAAAAGCCUUGGAGAAUUUAAGUUCACAGAUCACAUGAGUGACUAGUUGGCAGUAACAACUUUACUUUCCCUCAAGUGUACUUUUAAUCUCCCUGAAGCCUUAUUUUCCUUAUCCCAAGGACCACAGUUCUGUCUCCACAAAAGACCAGAAAUGCUGUAGGUGUGAUGGCAGAAGGCCUCUGAUAGUCUUCAAUUCAACCUGAAUGUAUAUGGUUCUUCGCAAGGCAUUAGAGAACUAGUGUAGAAAUUCCUGCCAUCCGCCCCCCCGCCCAGCACACACACACACAUCCCAUUUGGUUUACAGUGUUAAAAAAAAACUAAUUGCUUGUAAGUGUUGCAAUGUAUUAUCUCAUGCCAUUGUGGUCCCUCAAUCCCAGGUUGGCCCUAUGAAUUAGUAACUUGUCCCAAAGGCUGCAUGAACGACUAGAGGAGCAACCUGUCCAGGUAGUUUUUCUUGUUAGUUGCUGGCUGCUCCUUUAUCAUAUGGUCCAGCUUUCCCUUCAUAAGCUCUUUCUGUAGUUACGACUUAAUUUUGCUGGUACCAUCCCCCCGCCCCAAGAGACCUGGUUUUUAUUUUAUCUAGUUCUUGAUUAGAAGGCCUCUUUACCUAAUGAGUAUUCCCUAAAGGAGGAUUGUGGGGAAGGAAGCAGAGGUUUAAGGUGUCGACUGCCACCACCAAAGGUACUUGAUGUUCAAUUUUUAAAAACUUUUCUCCGGCUCCCCCAUGUGGUCCUUCUAUCAUAGUGUCCUUAGUGUGAUUACAGUUGGGUUUUUCCCUUCUUGCCCCUUCUAUACCUCCUGCCUCAAUCAAUGCUUAGGGUGUGUAUAAAUUCUGGAUAGUUCUUUGAGUUCUUUUUGGUGCUAGAGUGUCAUCACCUUCUUGCAUGAACUUGAUUUCUUUGGGUCCUAGAUCUAAACUGUUUCCAGCAGCUCCUUUCCUAAAACUUCACUCCUCACUAAACUCUUGAUCAGGGCUUACAGUUUAUGUUGCCCUAGGUCCUCCUAUUUUGAUGUUGGCAAGAAUCAGCCCCCUUAAAGAACUAUUCCCCUUUAUGCUGAGGUAGAAAUACAAUUUCAGAUAUAAAAUUAAAUACAGUUUGUAGUUGACCUAUUUCCUGGAUCUUGGGUGUCCUCGUCCCCCCUGUCCCCCCUUCGGACCAGCCUUUGGCUUUACAUUGUUGUGGAAGGGAUGGAGAUGACAAAAUACCAUUCAUUUUCUUUUGACUAGAUACCACAAAUAGGUUAUGACAGUUAAAAAUUUUUAUGAACUAAAUUUAGGACUUGAAACUGUUACACAUAUAGUUCUGUUCAAAGUGGGAGCUAAGACUUGCUGACUGUGCAGUAAUCAGUGAAGCAGACUAAAUGCUUACUUUUCCAUCAGAGCCCAAAAUUGGGUUCCAGGACCUCAAAUGAUAUUUUUGAGACAGAAGGCAUCGUAGCUGGGUAUGUUUGGAUGGAGAGUUUAGCUUAAGGAAACAACAGGUUUUCGGAGCUUCUAGAAUGAACUAGGGAGUUGUUGAAACAUGUUGGCUUCUGCUUUAAGUCCUGAAAACUAUGGGUUGGGUAUAAUUCUUGACCCAUACUUAAACUAUACUUGCUGUUCUUUUAACAUCUCCUAGCGUUUAGGAUUUUCUUAAUAGGAAUAACCUUCACAAUGCUAAAAAAAAAAAAAACAA